AUGUUGACCAGUUCCGGCCUCUUGAAGCUCGGUGACUUCGGGGUGGCCAAGGUCAUGGCUGGCACCACCGUGGUCGAUAAUAUGACCUGUGUCGGCUCGCCCACGUACAUGGCUCCCGAGAUUGUCGCCGGCGAGGCGUAUGGAGCUCCUUGCGACGUGCGCAUUCUUAGCUCAACGAACCACUGUUCGAGUCCGUUGGAACUCACCUCGCCGACAAGCCUGGUCCCCAGGCGUGUAGAACGUGGCUUCGUUGUGGCCCAGGCUGCACUUGCCGCCGUUUGCCGCUUUGUCGCCAUGGCUUUGGGGCCCAUCACCACGCACGCGCUCAACACGGCCACUGGCCGGCCAGCGGAGAACCUUCAGGUCACUUUGAAGCAGGCGGCUCAGAGUCCGGAUGAAGACGGCCAGAUCGAUUGGAAGCUUCUCAAGGUGGCUCGCACCAACUCGGACGGCCGUGCAGCCAACCUGGGAGAAGGGCUGCAGCUGUCGCCGGGCGAGGUCUUCGAGCUGUCCUUUGCCACCUCGGAAUAUUUCAAGGAACAAGGCACGCCGUGCUUCUACCCUGUUGUGAGGAUCGCUUUCGAGAUCCAGGAAGCAGAGAGCCAUUAUCAUGUUCCCUUGCUGAUCUCGCCGUUUGGCUACUCAACAUACCGAGGGUCAUGA